GCGGCAACACAUUUUGGCGGUCGCCUGAAGCCAAGCAGACAUGCCGCUCGUUCAUCACACGCCGCCGCCGCCUUCCAGAAAGGUUGAAGAGAACACGUCGUUGCUCGUGGAUUCAAAUACAAGGAUGCCCUCGUUGCCUCAUCCGCAUCGACUGCUCGGGUUGAGCAUGGUGGCGUUCGCGUCAUUCUUGAUCAGCAUCAUGUCUGCGUGCGUCAAGUUCGAAGGGUCGGCAGGGAGCUUGUCAUCCAUGGAGACUGUCUUUUGGCGGUGCGCGAUCUCGUACAUUUACAUCGUGGUGCUGGCUCUGUUCUGGCGCGUCGACCUCGUUGUGCCUCGCGAAUUCCACUGGGACCUGACGUGGCGGUGUAUCUACGGAUUCGUCACAUGCGGCACGUUAUUUUGGACGAUCAAGGAAAUGACGCUGGCCGAUGCACACGUCCUUGCUUUCACCAGUCCAAUUCUCACGUUUUUCCUUGGGGCGUGGCUUUUGGGCGAAGCGAUCGGUGCGAUCGAGUUCGGCUGUGCCAUCGUGUCGUUGGCCGGUGUCGUGUGCGUGUGCCAGCCCGCGUUCUUGUUUGGUGCGGGAGACUUGUCGGCAUCCACGAUGAACCCGUAUGCUCCAUGGGGCGGCAUCGUCUCGGCCAUCCUUAUUGCCUUGACGUACGUGCAUUUGCACAAACUUGCAGAGCUGCACUAUGUCGUGGUGACGCACUACUUUUUGCUCACUUCGGCGGCCGGUGCCGGUCUCUGGGUCCUCUUUAUCGAAGACAAGGUAAGUGGAAUGCCUUGACACGUAUGGAUGCUGCCGACGUCCAGCGAUCGAUCCAUCGGUGUGAAUGGUUUCUUCGUCUAAGUGUUGCACGUGCAUGAUGCAGGGGUUCCAACUGUUUGCAUCAAGCCCUGCCAUCGUCUGGGCAGCCUUCGUCGGGGGCACCGUCGGCGUGGUAGGCCAGCUGUGUUUGACCAAGGGGUUUCAAAUCGAAAAGAUCGGCAUUUCGUCCGUUAUUCGAUACCUCGAUGUUGUGUUUGCGUUUACGUGGGACGCUGUCUGGCUCCACGAGCCGAUUCACGUGUGGAGUGUCGUGGGUGCGACGAUGAUCAUUGCGUGCGCGGCCGUCAUCUUUCUGCGCAAAUCCCGCGGACAAGCCUAGCCAAGCUGCUGGUACCCAGUCGAUAGAUUUACAAUCAUACGAAUGAAACACGCGAGAGGCUGGCCAAGUUUGCCCAUGUCUAAUGUAACGCGACUGUAUUGGGUUU